UAAGAAGUGCUAAAUUCUGCCAUUUAAGACCGGAAGUUUUCAAACACUAAAUAGUUUGUUGCUCUUUAUCAGUUGGGCGGCGUUGGGACAUGACGGUCUUUUCAGUUUAUACGGAGAAAGUGACACUAUGAUUUCACUUUAAUAUGAGAGACAUGAUUUUCUUGAAAGAGGCCUUGAGAUGCAGAUUCAAAAUACAUAGACAGCAGUUCUGAAAAUUCUGCUUCUCAUACAAGCCACCUAAUGCCGCCACCUCAAUUCUUGGUGUUCCAGAUAUUGUUGUUACUGAAUGUCACACUUGCUGCUAAAAGUCACUUGGAUUUGGCAUGGAUGCAAGGUUCAAUCAAAAACAGAUCAAGACGGGACAUAUCCUGUAUAGACGGCCAAGCGUAUGCACAUGACAGCAUCUGCUGUCUGAACUGUCCAGCUGGAACAUAUGUGAAAAAGGCCUGCAUUAGUGAUUUAGAAAAAGGAGUUUGUGAACCAUGUGAGUUUGAUACAUACACUGAGCAUGGCAAUGGACUGCCUAUGUGUUUACAGUGCACCAAGUGCCGUAUAGAUCAGGAAACCACAGAGAAAUGCACAAGUACCCAGAACACACAUUGCAAAUGCAAACAGGGGUCAUUUUGUUUACCUGACCAAGCUUGUGAGGUGUGCAAGAAAUGCAGCAAAUGCAAAGAGGAUGAGGAGAUGGUAAAAAGCUGUACAGUCAGUUCCAACACAGUCUGUAGAAAGAGAAGCUCUAUGGGCAGCUCCAUCCCAGUGACAUUUAUUGUGGUUUUGCCACUAAUUCCAGUGCUGAUAUGUGUUCUGAGCAUCCUCUACUGGAAGUGGUCCAAACCAAGUAAAACAUCAAUAACAUCAAGAAGUCCAAGGAAAAUGGUUAAGAUCUAUAUGGGUGAUGGAGAUGAGGAGAGGGAGAUGAGUCUGAAUGUCCACAACUCCAAGAUGGAUGAGUCCUCUCAGUUCCAAUCAUUCCUUGAGCAAAACUAUGUGGUGGGUACACUGUCCCGUGCUUCAUUAGAGAUCGAGAUUGACAGGGGACUGGGAGACAGCCUCCCCAACACUGCCACUUCUUCGCAGAUUAGCGUGGCCAUGUUUGCUGUACCUGGUGACCUCCAGCCCAGCCAUGCUAACCAGCCUCCAUGCUCUGCACUUGCCUGGCAGCCUCACACUUUGGAUAGAGAGUCAUCAAGAAGACUUGUUCCUUUGAACGGAGAAGAAUCAUUGAAGAAAACAUUUGAUCUCUUUGAAGAAAUGGAUGUCCAUUAUCAUAACAGAUUCUUCAGGCUUAUCGGGCUGAGUGAUAAUGUCAUAAAAAGCACAGAGUCUUCUUUUCCAGAAGACCGAGUUUAUGAACUAUUAAAAAACUGGAUGGAAAAGGAGGGAAUGAAGGCAGAUUUCAACAACCUUAUUGAAGCAUUAACUUAUUUAGAUCAAAGACUAUCAGCAGAAAACAUCAUUGCAAAGGCAAUUAGUAAUGGUUAUUUUAAAUAUGAAGAUGAGUGACAGGCAAAUUGUCACUUUCUCAAUGACUUCAAACAAAAAAGGUACUUUUGUGCAUGACUUCUGUAUUGUCAUUUCUCAACCAUUCCCAAAUUUCACUUACAUAAUAUUCAUUAUGUUGGCCAAUAUUGUGCAGACAUUUAGAGAAGGUAAAUAAUAUACCAUUGUUUACAAAGUAAAAAGAAGAUAUUUAAGGCUUUUUGUUUUGAAUUAAGUAAUGUUACCAGUUGUGUUUUUGUGGCAUUCCCUCUUAUUUUGUAUGCAAAUAUAAUGAUGCAAAAUCUUGAAUGAGAUAUUAACACAUUGUAAUAUUUUGUGAACUAAUAA